UUUUGCUGUGGGAUGCCAAUGGCAGCUAUUUCCCCAUUGCCCGUUUCACACCUCUCACCCACCACCUCAGCCAACCCCUCUCUGUGAGAGAGAGGGAUAGAGAGAGCUGUUCGUCGUCAUCAUCAUUACCAUCACCGUCUCCGUCUGCUCCCUUUGUGCCUGUGAACUGCUACAGCUUCACGGAUUCAUCCUCUCUCUCUCUCUCUCUCUCCUUCUUCCCAACCCGACCCCGACGAAGCCCCCUUCCCAUUCCUCUCACGGUACCGAUCGCGCUCCUUCGGUCGCCCCGUUUCUUUUCUUCGGUUCUUCUCGCCGCCGUAACCCUCCUCCUUUGCCCGCCGACCGUUUCGCCGCUUCUUUCCCUGCUUUCUUCCCUGCCUGAGACGAGUCCUGCCUUGGCUUGUCUUCGCCUUGCCUCUUCCCCAAGCUUUGGCCGGGGUCGGAAGGUGACCGCGCCUCUGGUGUGCUGGACUGUAGGAUCAUGGAGCGAUUCUUGCUGAACCUAAACCCUUUUCGGUUCAAGCGGGUGAUCCCGGCCCCGUUCCUCUGAUAAAGGUCAUCUUUGCUGUUUGGAGUGCUACCUUGACUUGUGUUGGUAGUCGGAUCCAUGACGAUGUCGGGAGAUGGUCCUGAUUUUGUGAAAUGGAGCGAGCAGUUCAUAUCACAGGAGCGUGGGCGCCGGAUUGUUCAUUACUACCUUGAGGACGCUUCUGGAGACUCCCAUCUAGCCGUCGUCGGCACCGAACGGAGUCUCCGGCACAUGCUGUAUGUCGUGUCAGAGAAGUUCUGCCAGGUUUACGGGUCCAACAAGUUAGGGUUGUCCUCCCUCAAAUGGAGAUCGAGAAGAGAGGUUGUAGAUUGGCUUGCUUCGUUCCUUCCAGCCAAAGCCUGUGAUUCACAUAUUUCGAAGUUGCCAAAAUGCAUGAAACAUGAUUUGGGUGUUGAGAUGGAAAUUAAUAGAUGUGGUGAUACUGGAGACCACUUGGUCGAAAACAUGGAUGACAGCAACAGAUCUGACAUCAUUUGGUCUGGUGCUUCCUGGACUUGUGGGAAGCAGCUCCGGCAUUACCAAGCUUUUUGUCGAAAUGGAACAACAGUGAUUGUCCACUCUUUUGUCCUUGUGAUGUCUGAGGAGGAAAAUCGUUAUCUUGCUUACUUGGAAGAUAUGUAUGAGAAUAAAAAAGGGGAAAAGAAGGUCAAAGUACGAUGGUUUCAUCAGAAUCAGGAAUUUGCUUGUGCGAUACCUGCACCUGCUCCACAUCCCAGUGAAGUUUUCAUAACACCUUUCUCUCAGGUCAUUAGUGCAGAAUGUGUGGAUGACAUAGCUGCUGUUUUGACUCCUGAACAUUAUGAGAAAUGCUUGGAUUCCCUUUCAUCUGCAGCAGGAGUUCGUUUAUGCUUUCGGCAGUACAUUAAAAAUAAAUUCAAACUCUUUGAUCUAAGAACGUUGCGUGGUUAUUUUAAUCAAGCAAUUCUUUCCCGCUUGGGUAUUUGUGAUGAGUCUGGAAAAGGAGAAGCGGAAAUUGGCUACAGUCCGAUCAAAGAACAUGUUGGUCACAGGAGAACUAGAUUUGUUAAGGUACAGGAGAAAUUUCUGGCACAACAUUUUGGGACUGAAAUAUCUGGCCUUUUAGGCCAUAUAACAACUUGCCAACCAGCUUAUCAGAAUUUGGAAUAUGAUUUACUUGUGAGAAGGCCUCUGUCAAUGAAGUUUGUUGGGCCUCAUAAUUGGCUUAUGCCACCUUUUGAAGUCGGAGAGAAAAUAGAGCUUCUUUGCCAGGAUAGUGGUAUCAGGGGCUGCUGGUUUAAGUGCACUGUUUUAAGAUUAUCACUUAAGAAGUUAAAAGUCCAGUAUGACGAUGUGCAAAAUGUCGAUGGGUAUGGGAAUUUGGAGGAAUGGGUUCCUGCCUUCAGAACAGCAGCUCCUGAUAGAUUGGGCAUGAGAUGCUCAGGCCGUCUAACAAUUCGUCCAUGUCCUAAAUGUAUUUAUUUGCUUAACAACAUUGAUCUUAAAAAGGGAAUGGCAGUGGAUGUACAAUGGAAUGAUGGCUGGUGGGAGGGAAUUAUUGUUGAGCUGGCAAACAGUAGAGAUGAUAAUGUGCAAGUAUACUUGCCAGGUGAAGACAUCUUCUUAAUUUGCGAACUGAAAAGGCUAAGGAUAUCUAAAGAUUGGGUGGGUGAUCAAUGGGUCGAUAUCAAUGCUAAGCCUGAUAUCUUAUCAGCAGCCUCUUCAGUUAGCCCCCGAACAAAGCUUGCUUCCUGCUCUGUCAUUAUCAAGGGGGCAGAAUCUGGCAGCUCAGUGAUGUCAGAUCAGGAAUUCAUCACUGCACAGCCUAAUUUGGUUGAGGAUAAGCAGGCAGAAGCUAGUUUGAGUUGUAGGAAUUCUGUGCAACUUGACAAUGAGAGUCAAUCUAAUCCAAGGAAGCGCCACAGGGAGGAAAAUGCUCAGGAUGGCUGUGGUGUUGGAACAGGUAUUGGCGACGCCGAAAGUUAGCUUGGCAUUUGUAGCUCCAUCAAGGUUGGCUUUCAGGUUUUCUGUACAUAGAUAUAUAAGUAGUAUAUAGAAUGAUUUCCCGACUUUGGGGGCGGGGGUGGGCGACUUAACUUCAAUUUGACUAGGCAGCCCCAGGGUGACUGACUGAAGACCGUUAGCUUUGUAGCAUCAAUGUGACUCCUGGACAUUGUCAAUUAGCAGUUAGGUCAAAAUCAUAUGAAUCCAGCAGACAGCAGGUGUAUUUUGAGCUCUGCUCAAACUUUGCUACUUGUCAUGUCUUGGCUGCUUCAUGAAUAGUUUUAUGGUGUCAUGUAUGAUUUGGAACAGACUUAGGAAUAGUGAGUUUGUUUCAAUUUCAGUGAAAGCUUCCAAGUAGUUUGUUUCUCUUUUCUUUUCUUCUCCUCCUUUGAGUUAGAACAAUGCACACUCUCUGAGAUCCUCCUGCUCCCAUUGUUCUGUUAAUAUUGUUUGGCUCGUUCUUCAAGCUUAUGUUAUGGCAUUAAUCCAAGAAAUGCUUGUUCUCUUGUCCCUA